AAGUUUCACUGCUGCUUCGUCAAUACUCAUUGCCUUUAUAUUUUCCUCAUUCACUCUCUUCCCAUUCUCAUCUCUCUCUCUCUACCUUUCUCUCACACAAAGAGUUUUUUCUUUUAAGACAAAAACUCUUUCAAGGUUUUAAAUCUUUGAAAAAAUUCUCUAAACCUAAAAGUGAUCAAUGAAGAUUCGGAACAGCCCUAGUUUUCAUGGGGGUAGUGGUUACAGUGUCUUUAGAGCUCGUAACUUAACAUUCAAGAAAGUUGUGAAGAAAGUGAUGAGAGACCAGUCAAAUAAUCAAUUCAUGAUUCAGAUGGAGAACAUGAUAAGAAGAAUUGUCCGAGAGGAGAUACAGCGUAGUCUUCAACCUUUUCUCUCUUCAUCAUGCGUCUCAAUGGAGCGAUCUCGCUCAGAAACGCCAUCGUCUCGCUCACGAUUGAAGCUGUGCUUCAUAAACUCGCCGCCAUCAUCGAUAUUCACGGGGUCCAAGAUCGAAGCUGAGGAUGGUUCUCCGCUUGUGAUCGAGCUCGUGGACGCCACCACAAACACUCUAGUUAGUACGGGACCGUUCUCGUCUUCUCGGGUCGAGCUCGUGCCGCUGAACGCUGAUUUCACGGAAGAAAGCUGGACCGUUGAGGGAUUUAAUCGGAAUAUUCUCACGCAACGUGAAGGGAAACGUCCGUUGCUCACUGGAGACCUAACGGUGAUGCUUAAAAACGGUGUUGGAGUUAUAACCGGAGAUAUAGCUUUCUCGGAUAACUCGAGCUGGACUAGGAGUCGGAAGUUCCGGUUAGGUGCUAAGUUGACCGGAGAUGGAGCCGUGGAGGCGAGAAGUGAAGCUUUUGGAUGUAGAGACCAACGAGGAGAAUCUUAUAAAAAACAUCAUCCUCCGUGCCCCAGUGAUGAGGUUUGGAGACUAGAGAAAAUCGCGAAAGAUGGAGUUUCGGCAACGCGUUUGGCUGAACGCAAGAUUUUAACCGUCAAGGAUUUUCGCCGUUUGUAUACUGUAAAUCGAAAUGAGUUACACAACAUAAUUGGUGCAGGGGUCUCAAAGAAAACAUGGAACACAAUUGUAUCACAUGCCAUGGAUUGCGUUUUGGACGAAACAGAGUGUUACAUUUACAAUGCAAACACUCCGGGCGUAACACUUCUCUUCAACUCUGUUUAUGAGUUGAUAAGAGUGUCAUUCAAUGGCAACGAUAUCCAAAACCUUGAUCAGCCAAUUCUAGACCAAUUAAAGGCCGAAGCUUAUCAAAACCUUAACCGCAUUACAGCGGUUAACGAUAGGACCUUUGUGGGUCAUCCACAAAGGUCCUUACAGUGCCCGCAAGAUCCUGGAUUUGUCGUAACAUGUUCUGGAUCGCAGCACAUCGACUUUCAAGGUAUACAAUAUGUAAUGGUCAUGGUGUUAAGUCUUUUGAUAUAUCUAUAUCUUACUAUAGACUAAUUAAUAAAAAAAUUGAUGUACCUUUUUUCGAAAAUAUAGGAAGUUUGGAUCCAUCAAGCUCUUCGAUGGCUCUUUGCCACAAAGCUUCAAGCUCAACGGUCCACCCUGAUGUCCUGAUGAGUUUUGAUAACUCAUCAACCGCGAGGUUUCAUAUCGACAAAAAGUUCUUACCGACUUUCGGAAACAGCUUCAAAGUAAGUGAACUCGAUCAAGUACACGGAAAAUCACAAACUGUUGUGACAAAAGGUUGUAUAGAGAAUAACGAGGAGGAUGAGAACGCGUUUUCUUAUCAUCACCAUGAUGACAUGACCUCAAGCUGGUCACCUGGUACGCACCAAGCCGUUGAAACGAUGUUUCUUACCGUGUCUGAGACGGAAGAAGCUGGAAUGUUCGAUGUUCAUUUUGCAAACGUUAAUUUGGGAUCUCCAAGAGCCAGGUGGUGUAAGGUUAAGGCAGCUUUCAAGGUUAGGGCAGCUUUUAAGGAAGUCCGGAGACACACAACUGCCAGAAAUCCGAGGGAAGGCUUGUAAGAACUCUUGCCUACCUAUUAAAAUCAGCGGUUUCUUGCGUUGCACGAUAAAUGUGUAUAUAUAUUUGUGAAUAGGGUUAGAUAAAUGGAUCCCGGCCAUUGAGUUACGGGGAUUAGCCUUUGCGUAUAUCAAAGUAUUUUUUUCCCUGGGUAAGUAUAGCUGUGGCACAGGGUUUGUAAGUUGUAACCAUAUGCCGUAUAAGAAUCAGAGGUUUCUUGUUGUACACGAAAGCUAUGUAUAAAUAAAAGCUAUGUAUAUAUGUUUUUUUCUACCAUAACUUUUCAAUAAUGGAUCUCGGCUAUUGAUUGUUCUAGACCAA